GCCAAAAUGAGCGCCUGGCGGACAAAGGCAGAUCUCCUGAAGGACCUUGGCGAGGUGAACGGGCGCCGGACAGGGAUUGAAGACCUAGACCGACAUGUGGUGGCCGGGGAACGGCCUCCGCCUAUCCUCCAUGAGAUGCCCAAUGAAGAUGAGUUGAGCUACUUUGGAGGCCACGGGGCGUCUGGAGACGACGGCACGGGCCCCGACCUGGCCGGCAUCUCGACUAUGCUGAAAAUGGUGAGCGAUUUGGAUGAUACAAGAGAUAAUAACGAGCCAAUGACUCUAUUCCGAAAUAGAGCAACAGAUGAAAUAAGAAUUAGUAAGCUAAACCCUAACGCCGGAGAGUAUGUUCCAGGCAGUGGCUUUAACUAUAAUAGAUAUGUUCCAAAGUGUUCUCCAAAGAAAAAUAAUUUUAAUGGAACUAGAACUAAUAGACCAGCUCAUGAAAACAUAGCUACAUCUCAAACAAAUAUUAGCGAAACAAAACAGAAUGGACUACCAACGUUUAAUAUUAUGUUUAAAAGUAAAAGUGUUAAAGGUUCACAAGAAGACAAAAUCAAUGCAACUACUUGCGAAACUAAAAAAGAAGUACCAACGUUUAAAAGUAAAAGUGUAAAAGUACCAGAAUUUUCUGUGUCAUUUCUUUCUGGUCCACAAAGCAAUGGAACAGCUGAAGCCAACAGAGAGAAAGAGCAACCUGUAUUAGAAACUAUACAGAAUGAGCAAGUAAAUUUACUCGCAAACGGUCUUCCAAAAAGGCAAAUAGAAAAACCUAAACCAGAAGAAACAAAUGAGUUACAAAAGAAAGUUAAAUCCACAAUCAUAGAAUCAUCAGCUGACAAUUCUCUAAAAACCAAAAGACAGAAAAACGUUGCUAUAGCAACUUUACUUAAACUCGGUGUCGUCCCAGAUGAAAAACCAGUGAAGCUUAUAAAGCCGGAAUAUUUUGAAAAACCUCCAACUGAUGAAAAACAAACUGAGAAUGAAGUUAGUGGAGUAAAGGAAAUGCCUUCGACGUCAAGCAGCGAAACUAAUGUUAAUUAUAUCGACCAGGAUUCAGUAUCGAAAGUAAAUGGGUGGUUUAACAGUAUGGAGUGUCCGAAGCCUAAGCCUCAGUUUCAGGAGCCUUUGGUGUUAAAGGAUAGUAUAACAUUCAAAAAGAAGUCAAGUAUAACAUCUCGGAACACAUCAAGUACCACAGAAAACCCGGAAAACCGCGAAAAAAAAAACUUCAAGCCUUCCGGCUACGCCAGCGAGCUUCUGUUGAAAUAUGAAACCAACGCGCAAAAGCAGCUGCCCUUGACCGAGGACUUAGGAACCCGGCUCGAGAGGCAGCUGCGACAGAGAGACGAAGUUAUUAGACAGAAGAUGCUGGCUCGGCAGGACGCCGGAUAAUAUUAGGUACGAAGCAAAUAACUACGAAAUCGAGAAAUAUGGAUUGAGGUAUUAAUACAAAUAUUAGCAUAAUUUUAUUUUAAAAAUACUUUUGUAUUUGAUAUUUGAUUUUUUAUCUGAUUAUGUUUUUACAUUAAAUGCAUUAUUUUACUUAAAUAUACAAUGUAAUAAUUCGUAUACAAAAAGUUUCGUGUCCGUAAAGUACGAAAGUCAUUCAUUGGGCAAUGCAUUCAUUUUUAUAACAAGUUACCUGACGAUUUAAGAAUUAAUAUUGUCUUCGGUUACCGCGAUAGUUACUCAUGAAAUAAAACUAUGAAAACCCGUUGACCACGAACGCUGUAAAGGGUUCGAAACGUCGGGAUGUAUUAUAAAUUCAAUAUACGCGAUAUAAUCCGUUUUCAUAGUUUUAUUUCAUGAUUUAAGAAUUACUUAAAAAAGUCUUUGAUGUUGAAGGCUUACUACAGAGUAGAGGACUACAGACAGACAGACAAACAUGCAUGGUCCAAACCACAAACUGUAAAAACAAGUAACAAUUAAAAUUAAUUAUAUUAUGGGUAUUAAGGAAGCACAUCAAAUAUUUUAUGUAGGUAUUUCAUAACAAUCAGUCAGAUCAAUAUAAGUAACAUCUCAUUUCUUUUAUUCAUUUUUUCUUCCAUUUUUAAGAAUUUGAUAUGUUUUCUGAAAGAGCUAAAGAGCUAGAGCUAAAAAAAACAUACAAAUCUACGUAUUUGUAUGAUUUGACCUCGAAUAGGAAAUUAUUAUAAAUAACAAGAUUAUCAUUCCACAUGUGACUUUUACGACUUUAAAAGAGGAGAGUUGCUCAAGAACGUACCUAAUUAUUCUGUCAUCUAUUCAUAUUUUAUGACCGAGUAUUAGGUUGGGUGAAAGUUUUUGCAUCAUAUCAUAAAUACUCGUAGUUUACCUUGAGUAUUAUAGUUGAGUAGUUUAGUUUUUAUGAUAUUUUUAUUCAUAUAGAGACACUAUUUAAGUAAUUAAUAUCAAAAUACCUAACACAAAUUUAAGCCUGUAUUCAAGUAUUUUAGUCUAAAUCUGAAACUACAAAUGUAUCAUUUUAAAAUGUUUUUUUCUAUGUUCAUAAUCAUUAUACUUAGGAGUCAAUAUUUGUGACUUUUUCAACCAAAAUGUACCACAUUGUCGCUUGAUGAUAAGAUUGAUUUCUAAUUGAAGCUAUAUGGAAAUAGCGCCUUACUGACAAGCGACAAGAGGUACCCUUUUGGUUGGAAAUGGCACAUUUUUUUCACCACACCAACAGAACUAGUAAUGGCUCUCUUGAUUGUUCAAAAACGAAUGAGAAAGUUGUGUUUUAUCCACAUGUGUGACAAAGUAAUCGAAUGGAAAUUUCGAGUUGUUUCCUUAUGUUUGCUGGUAGAAUUUGCUUUUAAAUGAUGAACUUGAAUGAUAAAUAUUUAAUACCGUUCAUUUGGAUUUGAUUUGGUUCGGUUUUGUUUGAUAUUUUACAGUAUUUUCCUCGCGUUGUUGUGGUGAAAAAAUUUGUGUUUCACUCGGUGGCAAAAUUUGUUUAACCCUCGUGCCUUGAAACCCUCACAACGCUUAAGAUUCCAAUUUUGGAAUCUUUCGCUUGCUCGGGUAUUAGCACAUACAGUACCGGCCAAUAUUAUAUCACCUUUGAGUGUUUUUGUAUAAGCUUGUUAGUUUGUAGAUUGCAUAUUUUACUAGUCAUUUUAUACAAAUAUAUGAUGAAUAUUUCAAUUAAAUACUAUGAAUUACAAUAGGAUACUCAGCAUAUAACUAAAAAACCUCUAGUAAAAAAAUGAAGUUAACAAUACAUUUAAAAAAAAAACUAUAAAAAAAACAAUACAUGAGACCAAUUUUUCACAUCGCCCGUAC